UAUGACUGAUCUCGUCGGUCAGAAGACGAAUCUGAGAGGGGCCCUCAUUCCUCCAAGUGCAACACAAUAAAUUUGCAACCGGCUUGCGCUUCAGCCCUCUUUGAGACGACCUGAUCAAGAAACCGACCUCAAGGAACAUCAGCACUCACAAUCCACCCAGCUCUUGGCGACGCGAUCACAAAGAACUGUGAGGUGUUGAAAACAACCCCACGGUCUGAAAACAGCCUCUUCGUUGCCACAUUCCUCUGCGGCAUUGUUGUCCGCAUCCGAAAGAACAUGUUUCUCAUCAGUCAAAGUAUCUCCGACCGCCACCCUAGAUUUUAUCGAUAUUCAACUCGACCACUGGAAUUUUUGUCACACCUGUACUCGAAUAUAUACGACAUGGGCGAUUCGGGAGAUGAAAGCAUGAGCGACGCGUCGUCCGACGAUGUACAGCCGAUCGACUACAAAAUUCCGACUCCUCCAAUGCUGCCUCCAUGGACGUACCACAAAGGAAAAUUUCGACCAAUAGAUUGGCCAGAAGAUACAAAGCAUUAUUAUGCAAGGCGGAAUUUCUCUGGCACAGGAUUCGAUGUUCUGCAUGAAAAUUUUAUAGUCCCUGGGGUUCCUGAGCUAUGGCCAUACCGUAUGGGCCCACCAACUUCUACAGUGAAUUGUAACGAUUUAAUCGAUGUAUAUGGACUGCAAGUACUUAAUGCGGCCGGUUUUAUCAACUACCAUCAGACUGACGCAGAUACUUCCAUGUACCCACAAGCGCGUUGGACUGAAGCGGCCAUAGACGAUUUGGAUGAGCCCUUCAUCCACCCAGCCUUCGACAAAGAUGAAGCGUUUCGAGAGAUUAGUGAGGAGGACUAUAAGCUUCUCAAGCUACCGCUAGUCCUAGCAUCCGCGCUUCUUGAGGACGAGACUACGAUGACCUUCUUCUAUGCCCUCUCGAAUCCGAGUUGCUGGGAUCAAUUUGAGGACCCGGUGCACGGAAUCUGCACUAUUGUACGCCCUCCAGACACUUUGUCGGUAGAUGAACAAGUGGCAACUUACCAUAAAAUAUGCGCGAUGAACAAAUACACCAGCUGGGGUGUUGGAGAAACCGCCGCAUCAGAUACGGUAUAUGGACGGUGUGUUGAGGAGGUAAACCCUAUGGACGAAAAGACUUAUGACGCCUCAGGAAUUGGCACUGCAGUGACGAACAUCGACCUCAAUGCGUCAUUUCUCCAAGUAUUGCGAUCGUAUGACCAUCAUGUGUCCAAUGAAAAUACCCACUUCAGGGAUUACUUUGUACAGGAGAUGAAUGCUGCCGGGAUUCCUGAAAACCGCAGAUUUCACACCGACUUGAGAUCAGCCAAUCUCCGUACAAACUUCCUGCUAGCCACUACCAUCGUCCAUGAAUUAGCCCAUGCUUUCCGCGGGGCCUAUUUCACAAACUUUAUAGACGUCGAGCCUUGGAUAUCGUACCACCGCAGCAAUGAGAAUGGUUACUCUCUUGAGCAGCACAUCUUCGGAUGUGUCAUGCAGCCACUCCAUGUUCACACACACGCUUCUGAUACUAAGGCAUAUUUCCAAAGUUUAGUAUCUGUUCCAUAUGGAUUUGACACUACACAUCCGUGGGACUUUGAAAGAGUCAAUUCCGAUGAGACAUUCGAGUUAAUGAGAACGGUCAAGUCGGACGGGCAGCCCCAGACAGGCGUCUGUCAUCCUAUACCUCAGAAAUAUGUAGAAAAACUGUUCGACAAAGAGAUGUGGACGCAACAAGUGCCCAGGUUCGGUCUCAAUGCGCUCAAGCCACCCAAGCUCCCCUUAUGGUCGACUACUGUUUAGGGUCACAUAGCUAAGAUACCAUGAAUCUG